GAUGAGAAUUUAAAGACACUACAAAAAAUUUUAAACUUAAGCUACAAUGACAAAUGAAUUAAAAGAAAUAAGUCUAGAAGAUACUCUAGAAGAUGAUAUUUGGAUGGACUCCUUUGAUAAAUUGCUAAAAGCAAGACCUGUUUUACGUGAUUUGAAUGUACUUAAAAAAGAUGUACACGCUUCGUUAAACAUUGAUUCUAGCGUAGAGAAUUCCAUCGUGGAUAAUUGUGAUAUGACAGAUUUGCCGCAAAAGCAGACGCUCGUAGUUACCUCAAAUUGCAAUAGUUCCAUAUCUACGCCGUUAACAAAAAUUCGUGCCUUUAAUCCAUUUAUAUGUUCGUUGUCUCCAAUCGGCGCUUGGCAAUAUCGCUUUUUUGAUAACUUACAAACAAAUAACGAUAACUCAAAUGUUCAAUUUUCGCACGGCACACCAAACAAACCGGAAAUGAUUGUGGAAGAAAAUAAUUCACUACGUUCUGACGAAAAUUUAUCAGUACAAUAUGUGAAGGAAAAGGAACUCUCAUUAUUACCAAUUCCUAAUAAAGAAACAAGAGAGAAACAGCGACGUAUCCGUUUUCAAUCAAUUCUGGAUAAAACAAAUUCUUCAAAAAUUAUGCGCUCGAGUGCACCAGUCUCCUAUAAAAACGCAUCACGAGCUAAUAAUACAAUAGUUAAACCUGACAAAGCAAAGAAGCCGAUCAGUGUGAGCCGCCGUUCCGAAAACUCAAAAAAUGGCAAAUCAAAAAGUACUUUAGAGUUUUGUGCUCCAUCUGUGCAAAUUGGAAAACGUAAGUCAAAGUAUGUAAAUCCAGCAAAAGAGUGUGAAUCCAAAAGUGGUGUACUUAUUAAUAAUUCUAAAGAAAACGAUAAAGAUAUGUUAGGGCAGCGUACAUCAAAUCAUUUCGAUAAACUAUGUAAUAUAGAGAUAUUAAUAAAUUCCCAAAGAGCUGAAGAAGAUGUAAGCGAUGUAGUAUUGACUAAUCAAAAUGAUGCUCUUGAAAAAGAGAAACAUUCAUUAUUACCAAUACCACAUAAGGAAACAAAUGAAACAAGUCAACAUGUUUGUUCCGAAAUAACUGCAGAUGACACUAUUUUAAGAUGUAGAUCUUCAACACAAUCUAUAAGUUCGUUAAUGAAAACUGGGAAAUGGAGAAAAUCGCUUAACGCGUGGCGCCGUACUCAAAAUCUACAAAAUGGUAAACCAAAAACUUCUAAUAUUUAUGUUAUUGCUGAAGAAUCUGUAGAGAUUUGUAACGUAUCCAUGCGAAUUGGAAACCGUAAAUCUAUGUAUAUAAAAUCAGAAGCAGACAUUGAAGCCGUAAGUUACAAAGAAUGUCAAAAACAAGUACUGGCACGGUGUCAGCAGCGUGUACCAAAGCAAUUCAAUAAAUUAUAUAAUGAAGAUUUAUUGGAAAAUUGUCGGAAGAUUGGAGAAGGUGCUUACGGUGAAGUAUUUAUCAACAAUAUUGACAACGCAGACGAUGCUUAUGGUACGGUAAUGAAAAUAAUUCCCAUUGAUGGUGAAAUAGCAGUAAAUGGCGAAGUUCAAAAAACGUUUGAACAAAUUUUGCCCGAAAUAGUAAUUACAAUGGAGUUAAGUAAUUUAGAUAGUAUAGAAAAUCCUAAUUCAACGAUUGGAUUCGUUAAAAUAAACAGAGUUACUUGCGUCAAAGGGAAAUAUCCAACACAUUUAGUUAACCUUUGGGAAGCAUAUGAUGAGGAAAAAACGUCUGAAAAUGAUCAUCCAGCCAUAUUCACAAAUACACAACUAUAUAUUGUAUUGGAAUUAGAAUAUGGUGGUCAAGAUUUAGAAAAAUUUGAAUUUACAAAUGCUGAACAAUCAUACUAUAUAUUUCAACAAUUGGCAAUAUCUUUGGCUGUUGCUGAGGAAGUGUUUCAAUUCGAACAUCGUGAUUUGCAUUGGGGAAAUAUUUUGAUAAAAAAAACUACAGAAAAACAUUUUCAAUACAAAUUAAAUGGUGAACUUGUGACGUUGCCUAGUAAAGGCAUUAAAGCAUCUAUUAUUGACUAUACGCUUUCACGUAUGACAUAUGGUAAUUAUGUUUAUUAUAAUGAUAUCUCUAAAGACGACGAACUAUUCGAAGCAACAGGCGAUUAUCAGUUUGAUAUUUAUCGUAUGAUGAAGACAGAGCUAAAAAACGAGUGGGAUGUUUAUAAACCUAAAACUAAUAUUUUUUGGCUAUCUUAUGUCGCAGCGAAAUUGAUCAAUGACGUGAAAUAUAAAAAUAAGCGAGCAAAAAUUCACACAACUUAUAUUAAAAAGCUAAAACAGGUCAAGGAGUAUAUUCUAAACUACGACAGUGUCGGAGAAUUCGCCAGAGAAUUUAUUAUUGCAAAGUAGCUUAAGAAUUUAUUUUGUACGUUCGUGAUAUAUAGCAAUAGCGAUUUAUUUUUUAAAUUUUAUUAUUUAGCGUAAGGAAUAUUUUUACCAAAAGUAACACAAACUAACUGUGUCGCCGAUUUUAGAAUUUUCAAUAUGAAAAUGAAUAUCUAUUUUUUA